ACUGGAAUAGACGCUCCGCGGCAGUUGCUCAACCGCCAACUCUGUACCCCGCCAGCUUUGCCCUGACAGCGCACCUCCGCCAGCUGCCCCAACACCUGCGCAAACUCCACCCAAAACCUGACUCUGCUCGCUUUCCACGCUUUCCGUGCAACGCCAUCAACCACGGAACGCCUGGAAAAUCUGCAAAUCAUCUCGCUUAGAUUGCGUUUCCAACGGUGAUUGACAGCGCACCCUCGUACGAUUGAUUGCAUACCUAUCCCGCCACCUGCCACACAUCAUCAUCCCACCACAGGGGCAGCCCAACGGGAGUCCGCAUCCCCCGCGUGGCAAGCAAUGGAGUCUAGCAGCGUUGUUCCCAGGGCCGUAUGUUGAUCCCCGUCUUGUUGGUGUCACAACUGUCGCGUGCGAAAGGUAUGAGUUGCCUGAACCAGGCUGCAGUGGACUGUCUGGGUGACCCCAGCGUCUUGUCUUGCCUCAUGCAGACCAGCCCAGCGAAACUGCAUACACUAACCGCCUUGCAGAUCAAAUGUAAUAGAGAGAUUCCAUGCUCCAAUUGCCUCACAUCCAAUAUAUCAUGCCAGCCGUCUUCUCGCCCCGGCAGAGCGCCGUCUACUGCUCCUCCACCUGCGGCCAGUAACAAUGUACUGCGUGCUCUGCAAGACCGCCUUGAAAAAAUCGAAAAUGCUGUCGUCAGUUUGUCAAUGCAGACUAUCAAGUCGUCCGAGUCCCCGCCCGCGGGAAUCGACCGGAGCAUCCCACAGCAGCAACCCUCGCCGCAAGCGCAAAUUGCCGUCACGCAGAAGAAGCCGUGGACUGAUACCGAUAUUAAUUUCCUCGGCGCAAAUUCCACUUUUGAACAGCAAAGCCUGCACGCUAGUGGUAUCGAGCAGCUUGCCUCCUCUGAUGACCCAACCGUAGCAGAAGUCACGCAACAAAUCAGCCUCCUAAGACAUUCCAUCACAACUGCCGAGCAGCGUAUUGCUGCUCAGCGCCAGUCAUUUCAGCCUGAGCAAAUGCUUCAGAUGGAGACUAUUCCAUCCAGUUUCACCUUACAGAUCAUUCGUGCUGCGUACAAACAUGGGUCGCUUCUCCCUCAAUAUCAUCCCGUCACUGAAUUUGCCGACUUUGAGAGACUCUCUCAGCGCAUAUACUUUCCACUUGAGCCUCUGACAAUCGGUGAGGUUACGUCCUUCCACGGUAUGCUGUCAUUUUUGAUGUGGGAGCUUGGUCAGCAUCCAACAACCGAGCCAAUCGAGGACCUCGAGAUGUACCAGCGCGCAUGCAACUCCAACUUUGAGCUUGGAAUUGAGACAAAUGAGAUUGCCGCUAUUCCGAGCUUCUACAAUGCUACAGCACUGUGUAUGGGGGCACUAAGCGCACAAAUCGCUGGUAACCUUUUGCGCCAGAAUAUUCUUAUAUCCGUUGCCGCUAGGCACUGUCUCAUGCUUGGCUACCACCGCAAACCGAGACCAAACGUCCCACCUGCAGAAGCAGAGAGGCGAAGCCGCCUCUUUUGGCACGUUUACAGCUCAGAAGCCAGUUUAACGUUACGUCUGGGUAGAGCGUCUCUUAUUCCUGAUUUCGAUGUAGACGCACCACGUCUUCCCAUGCCAUCGGUUGAAUCCGAGGUGCCUUGGGCCAAGACACUGGAGCUCUUCAUGAGCUUUUCGAGGCUUCAAUCGCAAAUCUACAGCACGCUGUACUCUCCAGCAUCUACAAUGCUAGAUGCAGAGAGGCGGAAGCAAUAUGUCGACGAUCUGGCAAUGCAAAUGGAUCGAUGGCGACAAAAUUCUUUGCAGAUUGACUUUUCAAAAGCCAAGAGCAGGCAUAUCUAUGAGCUUACCUUUCCGGCAAACGAUGUUAUGUACUAUUCGGUCCUCACUUUGUUAUACAGAGGAAGUACUACCUCCCUGGCUCCCAAAGAGAUCUCACCCCAAUGCUUCCAAGCUGCUCGUAGCGGCUUAGAGGCUCAUUUACACAGCUUCCCAAUCGCCGUAGCCGCUGGGCCAAUGGCGCUUCAUUACUAUGGCAUCUGGAUUCUAACAUACUCUUCAUUCACCCCUUUCAUCAUCACAUUUCUCUACUGCAUUGCAGAAUCAGACCAUGCGUCACUGAAGCUGUUGACCGAUGUGCUCAAGACGCUAGACCAAAUCGCUGCCACCAACGAAGGAGUUCGCGGCCAAUACAACAUUUGCAAAUCGCUCUGUGAGCUUGCGUCAACCUAUCUCAAAUCACAAACGAGCAACGUCAUCAUGACCACGUUUGCCGAAGAACGGACAAUUCAUCUGCCGCUGCAAAUGUCUUUGAACCAGAACUGGAACAACAUUGCUGCAUCGUUCCAGACAUGGGAUCCCACCGAGUUCAAUCGCCAGGGCCUUGCACUCGACGCAAACCUAGAUGGCACGUUAUAGUUUAUAUCUGUCUUGAUACCCUUCUUUUUUAUUUUGUGAGCAUUUACGUAGCCUGGAGUUUAGAGUAGGAGAGAGCCAUGGUCCUAUAUUUCUUUAUCAGUGUGGCCGACUUUUGGAUAGUGUGUAAUAGUUUCUUGUACUUGUAUCACCAAAAUAAUAACAAGCACAAUAUGCAACCCUUUG